AUGGAUAUUUAUAUAUUAACUGAAUUACCACAUCCUGGAUUAACAAAUCAACAAAAACAACAUAUUAGAGCUGCAGCAGCAGCAGCAGCUGCAAAUGACACGACAAAUUCAUCAUCAACAAAUAUUAAUAAUCCAGUAAGACCAUUUUUAACACGUGGAUCAGUUGCUGAAAGAGUACUUAUAUUUGAAAAAUGUCCAAGUGAUUUAUUACUAGAUAAACGUGGACCAAGACAAUCAUCAAUUGGUACAAAUAGAUUAAAUAAUAAUACUAAUACAAAUAAUGAUGUAAAUAAUACACAAAAAUCACAGUCUUAUGUACGUGAGAGAAUACUGCAGCAACAAUCAAGAGCUCUGCCACCGCAUACAACUCUUCAGAGACAUGUUAAAGCCAAUAAAAAUGUUCGAAUACCAAGAUUUUAUUAUCCGGGUGGUAAACCAACAUCACUGUCACAACUUGAAGCAACAAUAUGUAAAAUAACAAAAGCAUUUGAAAGUUUACCAGGUUGUCGUUCAACAAAAUCACAAUUUAAUAUUAUAACAAAAGCUUGUGAUUUACCAUUAUACUGGAAGAUACCAUUAUUUAUGGCAUGUGGUGGUGAUAAAAAUUCAACAAUUGAAUUAACAAAUUUUUUGGAUUAUUGGAAAGAAUUAAAUAAAAAUUCACAUGAUAAAGCUAGUAAAUUUAUAAAUAUAAAUACACGUGGUAAAAGUGAUAAAUUAUUACCAGAAGAUCUUGUAUGUUUAGUGCAAGAUGUUGUUGAAACACAUCCUGGUUUAACAUUUUUAAAAGAAGCAACUGAAUUUCAUUCACGUUAUGUACACACUGUUAUUGCUAGAAUUUUUUAUUGUGUUAAUCGUUGUUGGUCUGGUAAAAUAAGUAUAACUGAAAUACGUAAAUCAAAUAUACUUGAUAUUAUUGAUUUACUUGAACAUGAAGAAGACAUUAAUCAAGUAACAUCAUACUUUAGUUAUGAACAUUUUUAUGUAUGUAAAUUUUGGGAACUUGAUCGUGAUCAUGAUUUAUUAAUUGAUAAAAUGGAUUUAACACGUCAUAAUGAUCAUGCAUUAUCAACACGUUUAAUUGAACGUGUAUUUAGUGGUGCUGUAACACGUGGUGGUAUUAAUGGUGCACAACAACAUUCAGAUAAAAUGAGUUAUACUGAAUUUGUAUGGUUUUUAUUAUCUGAAGAAGAUAAAAAUCAUCCAACAGCAAUUGAAUAUUGGUUUAGAUGUAUGGAUCUUGAUGGUGAUGGUUAUUUAUCAAUGUAUGAAUUGGAAUAUUUUUAUGAAGAGCAAUUGGAUCGUAUGGAAGCAAUUGGUAUGGAAACAUUACCAUUUGAAGAUUGUUUAUGUCAAAUGCUUGAUAUGAUACAUCCAUCAAUACCAAGAAAAAUAUCAUUGAGUGAUUUAAAAAAAUGUAAAAUGACAUCAAUAUUUUUUGAUACAUUUUUUAAUCUUGAAAAAUAUCUAGAUCAUGAACAAAGAGAUCCAUUUGCUUCAACAAGAGAUCAUGAUGCUGAUGGACAUGAGCUUUCUGAUUGGGAUCGUUUUGCUGCUGAUGAGUAUGAACUUCUAGUAGCUGAAGAAAGUGGAAAUGAUCAGAAUGAUCAAAUGCUUUAUGAUCCUGGUAUUGAAGAUGAUACAUAUCCACAAAAUUUAGAUGCCAUUAAAAGUGACAAAGAAGCCAGCAAAACACGACAAUGUUUUGCCAAAGAUUAUCCAGAAGAUGGACGUCAUGAUAAAUCACUAAACUUUGACAGUGGUGAUAGUGAUGAUUACGCUGAAAGUGACAACUAAUUUUCAUUAAGAUUAAUAAUCAACAAAUAAGAUAUAUCAACGUUAAACAUUUAAAAAAAUAAUAUUAUUUUUUUUCUCAUUUUGUUUAUCCAAAGUAUUAGUGUAGUGUAAAUAUAUAUAUAUUUUCAUUUUUUCAAUCAGUUUAUUGGCAUAAUAAAUGCCAAGUAAAAAAAAAGCUAUUCUAAAUUUGAAAUUUUUCGCAAAUCGUAACUAUUAAUUAAACAAAAUUUAAUUAUUUAUAACGAGUUAAUUUGUUAGUUUUUUUUUUUUUAAAUUUAUUUAGUUUUAUGAAUUUUUUAUUACAACAUUUUUUCUACAUUUUUUCAGUAAUAUCAUACCUUUUUUUUUUUCGUAAUAAAUAAUAUGUAAAACUCAAUUCUAGUCCGGCAAUAAAUGCGCACGCUAAUUCGACUUUUUUUUUUCUUUUUAUAUUGACGAAAAAUAAUAAUAAGAAAAGAAAAAAUUAUCAGCGAAAAAAUAAAAUACGUGAUUGUCGAAUUAAUAAUGAUAUAUUUAAAAAAAUAUAUAUAUUUAAUAUAACAUUAAUAAUUAAUAUAGAAAAAAGAAAAAAAAAAUUGAAUAUAUUUGGAGGAUCGUUGUGACAAACCACGGUAGCCGUAAAUAUAUAUCUAUUAUUAAUUAUAAAUAAUUAUAUUCGCAGUUUAUUGUCUUUCCAAAGAUGUAAUUUUAAUGGUAAUUAAUUAUUAUUACGUAAUUAAUUAAUUAUAUAAACAAAUGCUUGUUAAUUAAUUUGUUUUUUUAAGUAAACAUGACAACGAGUUUAGUCUCUUUUGUUAAUCAAAAAUUAAAGUAAUAAUUUAAUAAUCACAAUUAUAGUAAAAUAAUUUAUAUAAUUGUGAUAAUAUUUUGUUGCAUUUGAUAAUUUUUAUUAUUCAUUAAAAUUGUUAUUUCAUAUUUAUCAAUUUAUUAUAUAUAUUUCGAUAGAUUUAUCAAAUGUUCCCGAGUAUCAAUUUAAAAAAGGUGCUCAAUAUUUAAUUUUUUUAUUUCAUUUCAAUUUUAAAGUUUAAAAAAAUUAUAUAUCUAUCAAAAGGCAAUUAAACAGUUUAAUAUUUAACAAAAAAAAACAUAAAAUUCCUCCAUAAAUUUAAAAAAAUAACAACAAAAUAAAAAAAGGAAAUUUUUUAUUUUUAAAAUUUAAAAUUUCUAUCAAAUUGAGAUUUAAAUAUUUCGAAAAUUAAAUGUUCAACUUUAAAAUUUGUACUUUUUAUUUAAUUGUAUAUUUUUAGAAUAUACUUUAAACAAUAAUAAUAAUAAUAUUGAUAAAUUUCAAAGAGAAAAAAAAGAGUAAACACAAAUAAUUAUUAAAAAAAAUUCAGUGUAUUUUGUUCGUACAUAAAAAAUUGUCAAAUAAUAAUUUUGAAGGUCAAGUAUGUAUGUUUUUUUCAUGCAAAACUGUGUUCGAACUAAUUUAAGCUAGUCAUACAUAAUAUCUAUGUCAGUGAAAUUAUUACAAACGAUAUAUAAUAAUAAUCUGAGAAAAAAAAAAAAACCACA